AUGAAGCCCAUGCUGGAAGUGUCGGUCGUGGAUGAUGAAGUCGUGUUCGGGGGCCUGGGCUGGUAUAUCAUCCAGAGCCUGCAGAGAGCCCUUCGAUUCAAAUGCGUGUAUGACAGCGUGCAGUUGCAAACGACGGACGAGCAGAUCUGGUCCAGUCGACGCCCUACGGGAGAGUGGGGAGGUCCUCUUGGCAUGUUGGAACGAAACGAGUCUGACAUCUCGGCGCACCCCGUGAUACCGACAGCUGACCGCAUCACGGUGGGCACACCGCUGCCAGCCUACGUAUACGCCAACCCGCGGUACUACGCGGGCACGCCCAACGAAUACAUGACCAGCGUGUUCGGCUACUUGAUGAGCUUCGAUCUCGAGGUCUGGUUGGGUCUCUUGGUAUGCUGGCCCCUGAUGAGCGCCCUGAUCUCCUUUAUCCAAGCUGUACGAUCGCCACUACGCUUCAAGGACAUAUUCACCAACAAUCUCUUCGACUUUCUGGGGGUCAUGAUGUUCGAAGGCAGCGUUCGUCCUCUGCGUGACGUCAUAGGUCGCGUGGUGUUCGCCGUGUGGUGGCUGGCAGUGCUGGUGCUGAUGAACUCGUUCCAAGGAAACAUGAAAGCCAGCAUGAGCGUCAAGACGCCAACAGAGCGCCUCGAGACAUUCCGUGACUUGGCCGAGAGGCCGCAGCUCAGGCCCGUCAUCAUACGAGGAACCACCUUCGUACACCAGUUCAAGGUGUCUCCGGAAUGGGAACUGCAACAAAUUCUGGCCAUGGCGCGUACCCACCGGUCGAUCCUGCCCGCCUCCGCAGUCUUCACACGCGAAACCUUUGACGAGAUGAUCGCUAAGCGUGCAGUCAUAUUCAUGGAGGACAACGUAAUGCAGAGCUACAUCGCAGCCCUGUAUCCACAUAAGCCUGGAUUGGGCACCAUCUACCCUUCCAAACAGCACACCAUAGCGGCCCAGUUCUGCAUGUUCAUGCGCAAGUCCCUGCAACCAAGAAUCAUGAAACUCUUGCACACAAGGUGUCGCUGGAUGCACGAGUCAGGACUGACGGAAAAAAAACGGCUGGAGCUCCAGCCUCGUUCCUGGUACCCGUCCCGGCCUGACUCCUCUCAAGUUCAUUCUCUCUCCGCCGAAGACACUGCUGCACUGUUCUACAUGGUGCUGCUAGGACAGGCCAUUGCACUAAUGGUCUUUUUCGGUGAACUACUGGCACACCAUCUCACCUCGAAAACCAGCUUGGCCUAAAGCUACUGGCAGAGAUGCUCCCUUAUCUUACUCUUCAUAGCACUGCAAUUUGGAACGAGUAAUACCUCGCUCUUUUCGCGUGACGCGGCUUAACCUUGA